AUAAUUUUAGUUUUAUGUUCUAGUUGAGGAUCACGUAAUAGUUGCGGGCCAAAUAUGUCAUUUUCCUCUAUUUUUUUUUUUUAAAAAUCUUCUAUGAUCUGAUUGAUCAGUUUUUUAUAGUUCGCCUUGCCACCAUACGGAAGCUUAAUUAGCUUCAAUUUAAACUGAGAGAUUCACUUCUUACUUUAUUCUAUCGCGAAUUUGAAGAGAAACCCACUUCUUAAUUCUGUCUUUCUUGAAAGCCAUCUGAGAAUUUGUUGCUGGAUCUGUUACUAUUAUUGGGUUUUGUGAAGAUUCAUUUUUAUCAUAGCUAUUUGUUUUCCCUCCAUUUUUGGGUGGUUUCAAUACGAGGAAAACAUGAGCUUAGAUCAUUUUAGGUUGCUUGUAAUGUACUGAUAUGGACUUGAAUUCAGGGGUACCGUUUUGGAGAAUUUAUUGUUCUUUGUCGAGAUUGAGUGUCUUUUAUGGUACUUAUUUUCCUGGUCUAGUUUUGAAGGAGUGAUUUACGCUUGUUUUGGAGAAGAAAACCAUUACUACUAUGUUUUGGAGGGACCGUCAGAGAGAAAACAAGGACCAAAAUGGUGGACCACCUUGUGGUCAGGUUCGAGUUCUUGUUGUUGGUGACUCAGGUGUGGGUAAAACCUCACUUGUUCAUCUUAUUGUCAAAGGUUCUUCCUCCGCUUGCCCUCCUCAAACAAUUGGAUGUACAGUUGGUGUGAAGCACAUUUCUUAUGGUAAUUCCAGUAGCUCAUCAAGCAGUAUUAAAGGUGACUCUGAGAGAGAUUUCUUCGUUGAACUCUGGGACGUGUCAGGUCAUGACCGAUACAAAGAUUGCCGGUCUCUAUUCUAUUCUCAAAUUAAUGGUGAGUGCUGUUUUUUCUUUAUGGCUAACUGUAUUUGCUAAACUUGGUCAUUUUCUAUAUGCAUAUUUAGUUAUAACCAGCAUUCGUUGGCUAUGCAUACAUCAGUUAAAAACAUUUACUUCUCUUUGUAGGCAUGAAUGUUCUGUUUAGCUACAAUUACACUGUAGAUUUUCAUUGAUAAAAGAGUUUGAUAUUAUUCUGUCUCCUUGGAACCUUCUUGUAAGCAU